AUGGUGGACCUGAACCCGGGGAGCCUCGAGGCCUUCCCUUCGACUGCAGCCGAUCAGACAGAGAACUCUGCGGGGAUGUCUUCUUCCUCGUCUUCGACUUCCUGUGCAGCUUCGGCUGUCAUGCCCCCGAAGGACCAGAGCGGCGAGGAGUCCCGAGGUGGGGAAGACCGUCAGGUGAACUCCGACGCGAGCGGCAACGGAGGCGACUUGCGUGCGGAGGGCGAAACGAGAGAGGCGCACGCGCGAGCAGAAAGAGAGAGAGACGAAAGCGAAAGACCCCACAAACGCUGGAGAGGCGUGCUCGGCUCGGAGGAACUUCUGACAGAAAGAGACGAACAUGUCCUCGUGAGCUUGGAAGAAAAGGAACCGUCCAUUCUCGACGAAGUAUGCAGAUACUGGCUGCAUGCCGUAGGAUGCGCCACGACAGACCGGACAGUGGCACGCCUGGUUUCGGUGUCUGUACAGCUGGCGCUGGAGCAUAUUAUCGACGAUGCAAAACUCUUCUACUUUUGCCGUCGCGCCGUGGAGGGUAAAGCGAAGCAAGGAGGCGCACAGGGAAAAGACAGGGGAAGUCGCGGGCGAGGCGUCGCAGGCUUUCCGACUUCACUCAUCAGUGGAAAGACGCCAAGAGACUACCGGGAACUCGACUUGGAGAGUUUCUGCGCUGCUUUUCGGAAGAACGGAGACAGCCUCGUUGGCCCGAACCUCGAUCUCUUCCUAGAUGCCUCGCCUGCGGCGCUUCCGUCCUCUCUGUCUUCCUCUUUGUCCCCUGUCCCGGGGUCUUCGUCACCCCUUUCCUCUACGCCUCAACCUUAA